GGAACCGUGUGACCCGAAGUCGGAUGCGGUGAGAGGGAGUCACAUUGGAGCCGUGACAGCAGUGAAAACCGCGGAACAACUCUGCUCACAACAGCACACAGACCCUGGAUAUGGCUACGUCUAUUCUUGGGGAAGAGCCACGGUUUGGGACUACACCUUUAGCUAUGCUGGCAGCCACCUGCAACAAAAUCGGCAACACCAGUCCUCUCACCACUCUACCGGACUCCAGCGCUUUCUCCAAGGGAGGAUUUCAUCCGUGGAAAAGAUCCUCCUCCAGCUGCAACCUAGGAUCCAGUCUGCCGGGCUUCACAGUAGCAACGAGCCGCGCGUCCACAGGACUAACGCCGACCAGCGGCGCAGGCAACAGCGCCUUCUGCUUAGCCUCCACCUCCCCGACCUCCUCGGCGUUUUCCACAGAGUACAGCGGUCUGUUUACCAACACUGCCAGCGUCACCACGCAAGAAUCUGGACAGUCUGCGUUUAUCUCCAAAGUCCACACCUCCGCAGAGACUCUGUACCCGCGGGUCGGGAUGGCGCACCCGUACGAGUCGUGGUACAAGUCCGGUUUCCACUCCACCAUUUCCGGCGACGUCGCAAACGGAGCGUCCUCUUGGUGGGACGUCCACACGAACCCCGGGUCCUGGCUCGACGUCCAGAACCCCGCGGGCACCCUGCAGACGUCUCUGCACACCGGGACGCCCCAGGCCAUCCACUCCCAGCUGAGUGGCUACAACCCGGACUUCUCCUCCCUGACUCACUCGGCGUUCAGCUCCACGGGGAUCAGCCCCUCCGCCUCUCACCUCCUGUCCACCAGCCAGCACCUGUUAACGCAGGACGGCUUCAAAACGGUCAUCCCCGCCUACACAGACGCUUCUGCGGCCAACGCCAUGAUCUCCGGGGGCAGCUCAGGGAUAAGUAGCUCCUCGAGGUCGUCCCGGCGGUACUCCGGCAGAGCCACAUGUGACUGUCCGAACUGCCAGGAGGCCGAGCGGCUGGGGCCCGCCGGGGCGAGCCUGCGGAGGAAAGGACUGCACAGCUGCCACAUUCCCGGCUGCGGCAAAGUGUACGGGAAGACGUCGCACCUCAAAGCGCACCUGCGGUGGCACACCGGCGAGAGGCCUUUUGUCUGCAACUGGCUUUUCUGCGGCAAACGGUUCACUCGCUCUGAUGAGCUGCAGAGACACCUGCGCACACACACCGGGGAGAAACGCUUCGCCUGCCCCGUGUGCAACAAGCGCUUCAUGCGCAGUGACCAUUUGAGCAAGCACAUCAAAACACACACGGCCGGCGGCGGGGGCAAAAAGGGCAGCGACAGUGACACCGACACCAGUAACCUGGAGACCCCCAGGUCCGAGUCCCCUGAACUCAUUUUGGACGGAGUAAACCCCAGAAUCAGCGUCAAAGACCCGUCACCUCACGACGAGCCCUGAACCGGGCUGCUCCAAUCCUCCAAACAUAUAUAAUAAUCAUAAAUCUGAUUUACUGAAACGGGUCUCAUCAUCUGACAGACGAUACACGGAGAAGGUGUUUGAAGAAGAAUUGCAAUGUCUUAAAAUUAUUCUCCACAGGCUACAAGACUUUUACAUUCGUGUUUCAGUAACAGAAAAGAAAGAAAAGAAAAACAAAAAAACAAUUAAAGCUGCGUCUAUUUUUACUGAAGGCCUCUGGAAAUGUUUUAGGGACCUGGAAAAACAUCGGGGGAAAAAGGUGCGCGAAGAAUAAACCUGUUGAACUGUGGUUGGACUGUGACAGAGUCGAGUUCCAUCCUGUAAAUUCACCACUAAACUUUAAUGUGUUUUUUCCUUGUAAAUGUUUAGGCUCUGGUUGUUUUAUUCGUGUUCGUAUAUAAUCCUGGAAAUCAGGGAGUUUUACUUUGGACGCACUUUGUGGAUAUGUAUGUACACAGCUUUGUUUUUUCUUCGGUUCCCAUUUUAUUUCCUUUGCCUCAAAAAAAUUAAUAAUCUAUAUAUAAAUGUUUACCUGUAUAAAAUUACACGUAUACGGCUUUCAUUUUAUCGUAAUUAAAACAUGUUGCAAAUGCUGGAAUUGUGUGAUGUAGAAUUUAUAUAAUUUUUGUUGCGUUAUUUGUUAGGGUUUUAGAACUGAAAUUAUUUAGAAAGAAAAGAACAUGUGAUUUUGUCCCUUCACCUAAAGGCCUAUAAAUACCUCGACUUUGACUCUACUUUCCCCUAUGGAAUAAAUCAAUGUUUAAUGUCCCGGAAAAGACAUUUCAUGGCCAAAUGAAAAUCCUGUUAAAUGGUAUUAAUUAUGACUUGCAGCCACAUCGCAGCCCCCAUGUGUGUUGUACGUGCGAUUAGAGGAUUCGUGUUUUAUCAAAUAUCUAAUUAAUCUCCGAGGCAUCUUUUGUUCACUUGCAGUUUAUUCCAGUGGGGUUUUUCACGACAAAGGUCCCUGAAUAUUUAUUCUAAUUGUCCAAAUUAACUGCGCUCAUUUGCAUAGCAAUCGAUGAACCGAGAAGGGUAAGGCCUUUUUCUUUUUUUUUCUUUGCCAGAAACCACAAAAAUGUUCUGGGAUUUUUGUUUCUUAAAUUUAGGUUUAAAAAAUACAUAAAAUAAGAAAGGAGGCAAACAGUAAGAUGCAAAUGCUGAUUUUUUUUUUAUUUAUCUCGGUGCAGUCAAAUGCUUCAUGUGUGUUAUUUGAAUAUCAGUGGCCUGGCAUUGAAAAGGCUUGAAGGAUGCUCCCUGACUUCUUUGUGCUUACCCACUGCAGCGUCCGAUUCCACGGGAAAGAAAAGAGAGAGAAAAGAGCUGGG